AUGAAUCGAAAGUUUCACCGACCCUUGACCAUGUGGUUGGUAUAUAUUGCACACAUUCAUUCAGAGACCUUGCUUCUCUCUCCCCAUUCAUACACACUCUCUCUCUUUCUCGCUUAAGCUUCAUAGAAACUGUCAGCAGAGAGAGAGAGAAGGACCAAGAUGAGGUUGAAGACAAUGUCAUCGGCCAAAAGCACCGGAGGUGAAGAUAAGAGCGCCGCCACCACGACAACCACCGUGGGCGACGUUUCAGUUUCUAGGAGUACUGCCAAUGCUGCGUCUUUAUCACUGUCAUCCUCACCUUGUGCUGCUAGUACUAGCCCUGUAUCGUCGGCGCGGUCGAGCUGUUGUUGCCUCGCCAGGCUUGUGGUGAAGCUGAAGAAGUGGAACAGGAUGUUGCUGCGUCACCACAGUAAGAACAGGCACAGCUCGUUCCAGUGCUUGUAUGAUCCGCUGAGCUAUUCUCUCAACUUUGAUGGGAGUGGCAAGGGGAGCAUGUUGGAUCAGGAGGACGAGGACUAUUAUCGGUUCUACGCUUUUUCAUCGAGGUUCGUAAUGGCCGGCUCGAGAAGCAUCACUGCGUGACCCCGAGACCAGUUGCCACUUCUCGCUUAGUCUAGACUCUCAAAGAUCCAAGUUUUGCUUUAAUCCUUUCCCCAUUUUCAUUCCUUUGUUUUCCCGUUUGCGUUUUCUGGCUAUGUUAAGUAUUUUGACAGUACAAUGGUCAAUGACUAGUCAGAAAAGAGACUGUUCACCUUGAUU